AUGCUUUAUUUUCUUCCGUUCUGUGUCAUCUCUCUUUCGCUUCUCUCUUUUUCUUUCUUUGUCUUCUUUCUUCUACUCUCUCUUUGUCUUCUCUCUUUCUCUCUCUGUCUUUUUUUUCUUUUUCUCUGUCUUUGUUUCCUCUCUGCCUUCUCCCAUUCCACUCCCUCCAUCAACCUCUGCUUCUCUUCCUUUUCUGAUAUUCUUCUAAUAUCUUUCUUUUUGAAUGUUCUUUUUCCCCUUUUUUUGCUUUCUACAUUUCAUCGCCUCUUUCCUUUCAUUCUCAUUCUCACUAUUUCCCCCUUUCUCUUUCUUUCUUUCUUUCUUUCUUUCUUUCUUUCUUUCUCCUCUCACGCUUCCUUUUUACAUUUCCUCAUUUCUAUCUCUUUCUUUCUCAUAUUCACCUUUUCCUCAUUUUCUUUUCCUUUCUUUCUUUCUCUUCUUUUAUUUUUUUAA